GUCAGACAGCUUUGAGCACAGUCACCCCUCCUCCCCUCCAGGCUGCUAGUAAACCUUCACACAGGCAGGCAGGCCGGCCAUCCCCUGGCUGCCACAGCUGCUGUGCCGGUUGGGCCUGCCCUUAGAAAAGAGACAACCCAAAACUGCCCCCUACAACACACAGAUACUCUGAAAAGGAGGUAGCACAGUAGAGUCUGUCUUUCUGUUUCUAUCUCUCUAUCAUAUAACAACGACAGGACCAUCACUUUUAACUUCCUGGAAUAUUCCUCCAUAUUUACUAGAGAAGAACAGAGAAGAACUGCAAAACAAAAUAAAGAAACUUGGACACAAUAAUCAUUAGCCCAAUUUCUGCUGGCCCAGCAGUACCCUCCAUCUCCCCAGCGACUCCUCUUCCUCUUCCACAGACAGACAGACAGACAGCCCCAUCCUCCACACCUAGUUUAAUGCCUGCCUAGUUAGGUGUCCAGCCCGAUUACCCAGUGCUCCAGUCUCUGCAGCCUAUACCCAGGCCCCUCCAGACCAGGCUUUCUCAGGUCCAGGUAUCCUUGUCAGGCCUACUGCCCAGUCACCUCCAGACUAGCCUUCGUAGCCUCCACUCCUCCAGCCAGGUAGGCCUGCCAGCCCAGUGCUAUAGUCUUGCUGCACCACCCAGGCUCUUCCAGUCCAGGUCCAGCUAUCGCUGUCCGGCCCGGGCCAUGGUUCUGUGUGAGGACAUGGAGUGUGGGGUGUGUUAUCAGCCCUACUCCCGUCAGGACCGGAUCCCCCGGGUGCUCCACUGUAGACACACCUUCUGUGCCACCUGCUUAGAGACCAUGUCCCAGCCCAAGAGUGACAUGAUCACCGUGUGCUGCCCGUUGUGCCGCCAGACCACCUGUGUAGGGCACGGCCUCAGCCUUCAGGAGGCGCUGUGGGUCAACUCACGCCUCUGGGACUACAUACCUGAGAGCAAAGAAGAGGAGGAGGAGGUGAAGGAAGAAGAGGAGGAGGGGGUGAAGGAAGAAGAAGAGCAGGAGGAGGAAGAGGAGGAGGAGAGAGUGGAGGCUAACAGACAGACACAGGCCUCCUCACAGGCAGAAUGCCCUACGACGAAGCGCUCUAGAAAAAUGCUGAAAUUUCCGGCCUUCCUCAGGAAAUUCAGUCUGACAAAACCACAGCAUCAAGAGAGGAUUGUGCCUAGUUGUGCCAACGUGGAGAUGAAAUCCUGGCGCAGGCUUCCAGCUGCUGACACUUUUUAGGUCUCUCACGCGCUGGACGCAGGGAGAUAUACGUGUACUGUAUCAACAGUGGAGUGUUUACAGUUUCUCUCUGAUAUAAUCAUUUGCAUCUUUUGAACAAUGAGGUGUAGAUUAGCAGUUGAUGACCCCCCCCCCCCACAGUCAACAGGCAACACUGUUAAGAACAGCUCAGAGACGGUCUGUAUCCAAUAUGGCACCCUAGUCCCUAUAGGUCUCUGGUUAAAAGUAGUGCACUAUAUAGGGAAUAGGGUGGCAUUUAGGACAUACGUUUUUUUGGAGAACCCAGCAUGAGUCCAUGUGUGUCUGACUGUGACAAGACAGCCUUUAUUGUUGAGAAACAGUGAAACUGCCCCAGUGGUCCUGUCUUCUUACCCAUUGGUUACUCUAGUCUUAAUUCCCCACAGCUGGUGCAGUGGGAUUUGGUUCAGCUGUCUCUAUGACAGACGUCCCAAUGGAAGCUAGGGUACCCCCUCCAACCACUCCCUCCUGCUGGCCCCCCCCCUCUUAACAGAUGGCCUCCUGAGGAUGACCCCCACCCUCCUCCUCCUCCUUCCCCAGUGUCUGCAAACAGAGCAUUUAAUUUAUUAUCAGCUUUUUGCAUUCACAACAAUUUUUUAAAAAUAUAUAUUAUCUUUAAUAAAAAAAUAAAAAUCUAUUUGAAAAUAA